AUGGCUGCACUGACAGGUGUCCCCCUUUGCCUUAAAGAUGGCAUAACUCGGUACCUGAAGCCACAAAGAGUUCAGUUCAUGGGUUUGGUGCAUCUCAAUCAAUGUAAAGGAUGGACAGAGAGCAGAAUUUUGAGUGUGUGCUGUUUACAACGGUCCCAUCUUUUGCUGCAGGUGGAGAGCACCUUCAGCUAUCUGGAGAUCUAUACCAUCAUCAUCGAGAGUAUCGAGCAGGUUAGUGUAUUGACAGACAGUCAGAUCUAUUCUUUCAACCAAAUGUCUGUGCGAGACCUGGAGGCUGUGGUCACACAGAUCACCGUCUCACUCAAGAAGAUCUUUCCUGAUUCAUCCCCAGGGAAGUUACUGAAGAAAAUUCCCCCUGACCUACAAGACUGGUUAUGUCGUCUUGCCUCCAGAGGAGAGGAACAUGUGAAUGGAGCAGUUGGACCAUGUGGAGGCUUCUCAGACACAUAUGCAGCAUUGUGUGACUUCAAUGAGUUCCCAUGUUGUGGGGAAGUUCAGUGGGACAUUGACAAUAUUUACCAUGUUCAGAAGUGUCGGGUAUUUAACCGUAUUGACUUCAGUCAUUUGGACACCAGAGACUUGGCUUUAGCAGUCGGUGCUCUGUCCUUUAACCAGUGGUUCACUAAGAUAUGCAGCAAGGACUUCAAACUGACACCUGAUGUGCAGGAGCAGGUCCUUUAUAUGAUCAACAGGUCCUCUGCUCUGGAGGAGGUCAUUCUGGAAGCCAGUGGACUCAAAAUGGAUUUUGCUGUUAAGAUGGCUAGUGCUCUUCAGGACCAUUCGGCCUCUGCUCUUCAUAUCAUCAACUUGUCUGUCAGUGCAAUAGAGGACAAAGGUGUGGUUGCUCUCAGUCAGAGUUUGGGCAAAUUGCCCCGUGGCCUCAGUCAGCUGUACCUCUCCAAGGUCUCCAUGUCCCCGAAAGGCCUAGGGUCUCUGGUUCAGGUUCUUUAUCAGAGUACAUCUCUGUGCAACACCCUGACCCACCUCGACCUGAGUGGAAACAUCGGCUGCCUGGCCACAGAAGAGGCUGUAGGCCUUUAUAAGUUCCUGACUGCUCCAAAUGUAGUUUCACACCUUGACCUCAGCUUUACAGACUGCCCCUUAGACACAAAUGGCAAGAAUGCACCUGCUAUCAUGUAUCAGGACCUUCUUUCAUCCAUCGCCCUGGUGCCACGCUACCAUGAGCUCUCCGUACACACUGCUCUGGAGAGAGAGCAGCCGUCUUUAGAAGAGAGCAGCAAUCUGUUCGAGGUUAUCGGAAUCGCCUGUAACCAGGAUGAGUGUUGCCUUUUCAUUGACAGCUUUUCCAGGAGCCUUAAAGCCAUGCUGCUCCAUAAUGGUAACAAGUGCCUGUCUCUUCCCCUGGAUCACUCGGUGGACCUCAAAGAGGAUUACAACAGCAUCAAGAACUUGCUGGAUGAAGCUCUAGAUAAGGAGUCGGUAGCCUUCAAGUCCCUUCAAGGCUUCUUCCCUAAGCUGUCUGAUGUAAAGGUCAAAGCCGGUGUCUUCAUCAGGCUACAGAUAAAGAAGAUCCUGGAGUACAAUGAAUUCCCCAAGAAGCUCGCUAGUAUGGAGAAAGUGGCUUGGAACCUAUUGUUGCUACAGGGCCUGGCCACCAACGCUCAUCUGUCUGACCUGGAGCUCGAUAUCAGCUGCUGUGAGCUGAGGUCAGCCGGAGCUCAGGUGAUUCAAGAACACAUCUUUGAGGCCAAGGCCAUCUGCAGUUUAGAUCUGUCAGACAACGGUUUUGAGGACAAUAUGGUUACUCUAAUUCUCUCCAUUGGUCACAGUCAAUCUAUUCGACACCUCUCAAUUGGACGCAACUUCGCCAUGCAAUCUAGAGCUCUUACAGAUGUACAGCUAAUUCAGGAGGAGGAGUGUCCAUUGGAGUCUUUCUCUGUGUGCGACUCAAAAUUGAAGACUGGCAUCACCAUCCUCAUCAACAGUCUGGGGAGUAACGCCAGUCUGUCUAAGAUUGAUAUCAGUGGCAACUUUAUUGGUGACACAGGUGCUAAGAUGUUAGCAAAGGCCCUCAUGAUCAACACCAAGCUAAAAACACUGGUUUGGGACAAAAACAAUGUGACUGCCAGUGGGUUUAUUGAUGUAGCCAAUGCCAUGGAAAAGAACAUGACACUACAGAACAUGGCGAUUCCAAUAAGUGAUAUUUUACAAGCCUAUCGAAUCAACCCUGAGAAGACCGAGGAAGCUUUACAGAGAAUUCAGGCUUGUUUACUAAGGAACAAUCAAAGAUGGUGCGAUGCAGGUGAGGACAUGUGUCAUGUGCAGCAUGGACUUAAGGCAACACUCUCUGAAAAGUUAGUGCAGGAUCUCUGCAGAAGACUACAGUACAGUGUGCACUCUCUAACCUGUUAUAAUACACAAGAGGUGAAGUUGGACAUCCUGCUUGCAGAGGAAGCACUCCAGCAUGCAAAGACAGCUAUUAGUUCUUUUGCAGGGCUCCAUGAGUUGGGGAGGGCGCCCUCUAGUGGUUACAUGUUAAAAUACAUUCUCAACGACACUGCUAAAGCCAUCAGGAGAUCGAUCACUGGGGAGAUCCAGGAACUGGCUACGGCAAUGCUGCAGUCUGCCCAGUAAUCCUGCUCCAGAGUUGUCCAGAGGUCAAGUCUCAGCGAACAGCUGGCAGAUAGCGUGGCCAAGAAAACCCGUCAGGUGGCACACUUUAUUCAGAAGACCAUGCAAGAGGCAGAGAACAGCAUCAGCAACAAACUCAGUGAACUGAAACUGUCCAUCAGUUUGUCUCUGGUGGAAAGUAUAUUUGAUGAAGUUCUCCAGGACUUGUCAGUGGCUCAGGAAAAACUGGACAAGCACAUGAGGGAGUUCUCCCAGUCUACCAAUCUCAAGGCUAAAGCACCUCACCUCAGAGUGAUGGGGCAUGAAUUCCCCACAGAUGAUUACAUCCCCGUCAUCUGGAGAAGCAGCUUCCACUCGCGUAGCAUCCGUCCCGCCCCCUCCGUCAAAAGUUUGUUAGAUGUGGAAGGCGAACAGCAGGCGCGUGCGGCUACACAUCCCCAGCAGGAGGUAGAGGAGCGAGGAGGGGGAGGGCCUCAGGUCUCCAGGGUAGGAACGGAUGAGAGGAGGCGGGCCCUUUCAUUGUCGUUGGAGACGGGGCUGUCAGUCAUGUCGGCAGGGCAGCUGAAGCCAGGAAGCCCCUCCUACCAAGGGAGAGAGGCGGAUGCUGUUGCUGUUGCUAUUCCCGUUGCUGCUGCCGCUCUUAGCAACAGAGAGCACUGGCGCUUGGAGCCCGCACCUCCUCAGCCCCCUAUGGACCUGCCCAUCGAAGGCCACACACUGAGGCACUACACCCGCUCCAGGCCCCGACCCAACCGCCAGAACAGGCAGCCGCCCAGCAAGCAGCAGGAGCAGGCUGCUGAGAGCGAGAAUGAAGCCAAUGAGAACAUGGGGAGGGUUGAUGAAGGUGUAGAAGAGUUCUUCACCAAAAAGAUAAUCCCCGAUGACCCCCUAAAGCACCAGAGGGAGGAGCCCCUCAUUAAAGCACAACCUUCAGAGCCCAAGUGUGUCACAACUGCCCCAACCACCACCUCCACUACAACCCCCAUCCCCACCACAGCCCCCUCCAAAAACAUCAAGAAGAAGUUUGGUGACUUCUUCGCCUUUAAGAAAGUCCGCGCAGGUCGAGGGGCCAAGGGCGAGGGUGGCCCAGAGGGCAAAGUCAAAAAGACUUCAAUAGCAGAUCUCAUACGACCACUCAGGGAGGCAGCACGAGCAGAGAAAGAGAGGGAAAAGGAAAGGGAAAGAGAAAAAGACAGAGAACGAGAGAAUGAAAAAGAGAAGGAGAGGGAGAAAGAGAAAUUGGAAAAGGAAAAUGUGGUCAAGGCAGUCACACCAACAGCCAGCACUACUAUACUCACGAUAACAGAUUCCAAAACUGCACCUGUUAAUGAAGACAAUAUGUCUCCCAAAGCUCCUUCACCUGUCCCCACACCUGCACUGACCCCACCUGCAUCCACUCACACACCUCCUGCCACCUCCCCAGGCAAAACUGAAGAGGCCCCUGCACUGCCCCUUGCUGCACCUCACAUUCCCACCAAAACCCCCAGCCCAGUCCCAGUUGUGUCACCCUCAGAGCGGGAGAAAAGCCGAACCCUUGAGAAAAGCAGCACCCCAGAUGGAGAACGGAGGCCCAAACCCAUCCGUCGCUCUCUUAGAGAGGGUAAAUCCCAGUCCCUCAUCCUGCUCUCCGAUGUCUUGCCAGAGCAAGAUGGCACAGCCACACAUGCUAAGAAACAUGCGUCAGAGAGCUCGUCCAGCUUUGAACAGCGUCUCCAUGUAAUGCUUCACCGCAUGGGAGUCACCAAAACAUCUCCAACUGACUCCAAAGAGAGUCAGAGCAAGGAUGAGGAGCUGAGAAAAGCCAACUCUGAGGGGGCAAUACUUGAUAAACCUGAGCCACCACCCACAUUUAUGAAACCCCGCACAAUGUCCACCUCAUCAGACACAAGGCGACCAACCCGAGUGACCCAGAGUGUUCUGGAUUUCCACUGUACAGAAAAGCUGCUACACCCAGAGCGUCCUAUAGGCCCAUUGCCCCCUAAACCGGCCAUCAAGCCCGUUCUUUUUCCUGCUAGUGAGGCAGCCCGGGCAGCCACACCCACUCCCAAGCUACCCAGCCCAUCUCAGGAUGAUCAGGAAGAGGCACCAGAAACAAUCUCGAUCUCACAGCCUCAGCAGAAGGAUCCCCCAACCCCAUCUUCCCGGAAAGAGACCCCCCCAGCCCCCUCGCCACGGAGAAGUUUCAGCACAGACGCCAGGGGGCGUGCAGAGAGAGCACAAUCUGUCACUGAAGAGACCCUCCCUAUACCACGGCCCCGCAUGAAGCCCUCUCCCCAACGCCGUGCUGUGUCUGUCCACGAGGAUUCUCUCUUGCAACAUGCCGCAAUCCUUGACCCAGAGGAGCUGAAGGCUGCGUUGCCAAGAUGGCAGAGGUCACCUGGUCGGAAGCAAGUGAACCUGGGGGAACUGACGCCCUGCUCAGAGGAUUUACCAGAGGGUGAGGAAGCAAAAUCUGUGGAGAGGGAUGAGAACAUUGAACAGUCCCAUGAGACGGACAGCACAACAGUCACAGACAGCCAAUCAGAGCAGAGCCCAUCUGAGCUCAGCGAGCAAGUGACCAACCAGGAGAGGGGGGAGACAGUCUCAGAGCAGCACACAACACAGGGAGAAACGUCAGACCAAAGAACUGAAUCCCCCUCACUUGAGACGCACAUGGACUGACCCCGCGCAAAUCUAUUUUCUAUCAUGUGUACCUUUGCCUUGCACGCCAGAUUAUGUACAAAAGAAAUAUGAACAAAUGCAUUUAAAAAAAAAGAGAGAGUAAAUCGAUACCUAUACUUGUUAAUAAUUAUUAAAAAGUUAAUUCUGUUGUGUCAUU